CGCUCUUGCUUUCAUUCAAGCCCUACACCUUCCUUUCAGCCAAGCAGCCAUAGAAACGUAUUCCAUCCACACUUUCCUUCAUUGACUCUCAUCUUUGGAAUGCGCAUUGCUGCUUUAUCCUUCCUCGCCGCUCUUGCAGCCGUUGUUGUUGAAGCUGCCCCCAACAACCUCGCCAUCACCGUUGCUUGUUCGACUCAAUACAUUGUGCAAGCUAACGACAAAUGUUAUAAGAUUGCUCACACCUAUAACAUUAAGGCUUCCGACUUGUUGAAGUGGAACCCUCAAGUCAACUCGGAUUGCACCAACUUGUACAUUGGUGAAAGACUUUGCUUGAGUGCUCCCAACACCGUCAAGAGUCUUGUUGCUACCAAAGGUUCUACCACCACCAAGAAGACUAGCACCAAGAAGACCACCACCACCACCAAGAAGCCUAGUACUACACCAAGAAAUCUAGCACCACCACCAAGAAGUCCAGCACUACCACCAAGAAGACAUCGACUACUAAGACCACCGCUACAAAGACUUCUUCGAUACACGUCAUUGUGCCUACAACUGCCCAAUGUGCUUCCGACGUCGACUGCCCAGGAAUUUACUGCUGCAACCUGUUCAAUCGCUUUGAACAGUAAAACCAGCUUCUGCUUGCUUUUGCCUCCCAGUGCCGGUAACAAGGCUAACAACAACAACAAGCAAGAUGUCGAGGCCAUUUCCGACAGUGAAGAUUAUGCUGUUUCCUUCUGUACCGUCGCCGAUGUCAAUGCUCCUCAGGCCCGUGCCAUGCCUGCUGGUUUCAUCACUUCCGCCAAUUACCAGACCAACUCUACCGCUGGAUUCAUUCAAGUCACUGGUACCAUUAACCCUGCUGCCUAUGGAUUGAGCACCAGCGACGAAGGUGGUCAGUAUGAUAAUCAUGGAAAUGGCAAGCCUGCUCACUCUGCUUGCGCUGGUUUCCCCUAUUACGUCCAAAUGGUUGAGCCCAACAUCAGCGGUUUCUGUAUCAGAUGCUGUACCAACUAUCAGGACUGCAACGCUUCUCGUAGUGCAUACGGUUGCCAUCGCGUUGUUCCUCCCCUUAGCAAAUCAGUGUAAAAUCUAGUAUAAUAAUAUAAAAAGUUAUGUUGAUAUUUUACAUUGAAGUGAUUGUCUGUAGUGCUCGGGUUAUUGAUUGAUUGA